UCAGGGAAGCUAAACUGAGUCUCCCCACCCUUCGGCUCAGCGCUGCCAACCUACCUCAUCCGCAAGCAGUUUUCUAUAUCUACGAUACCUUAUAUCACUUUUAUACCGGAUUCUACCGACUUUUAGAGGACUUUUCUACGACUGCACUGCGGAAAUCUCUUUUAAAUCACACGGGACUGUCCAGCUGCUUCAAACCAGAAGUGCCAGCCACAGGAAUCGGUUUCCCUCCUUGUGUGUGUGCGUUACCACAGCAGAUUAAUUUCCCACUUUUUUUGGUUUUGUGUCGAGGCCAAGAGUUUCCUUUCUAACUUCAACAAUGCUUCAAGUCAUAAGGAAGCUGUUUUUUACGGACUGCCAGUGUGCUUCUGAAGAUGCGUUGAAAAUGUACGAGGAGCUGUUCGCCAAGCUGGACACCAACAAGGAUGGAAAAGUGGAUGUGUCCGAGCUGAAGGAAGGCCUGGCAGCUCUGGGCAUCAAAACUGGGGAAGGGGCAGCUCAGAAAAUAGUUUCCUCUGCAGACCAAGACAAAAAUGAUGGGCUCGACUUCACCGAGUUCUCCAAUUAUCUAGAGGAGCAUGAGAAGAAGUUACUACUGACCUUCAAGAGCUUGGACAGAAACGAGGAUGGACAAGUGGACUUACAGGAGAUAACGCAGUCAUUUGCCGAUCUGGGGCUGGACAUCAGCAAAGAGCAGGCAGAGAAGAUCCUUCAAAGUAUCGAUGUGGACGGGACCAUGACUGUGGACUGGAAUGAAUGGAGGAAGCAUUUCAUGUUUAACCCAGCCACCAACCUGCAGGAGAUUAUCCGCUAUUGGAAGCAUGACUCGGUGCUGGACAUUGGUGACAGCCUUGCCAUCCCAGAUGAGUUCACAGAGGAGGAGAAGACGACCGGUAUAUGGUGGAAGCAGCUGUCAGCGGGGGCCAUGGCAGGUGCCGUGUCCCGUACAGGAACCGCCCCACUGGACAGGAUGAAGGUGUUCAUGCAGGUGCAUUCCUCUAAGACAAACAAAAUCAGCCUGGUUGGUGGUUUUAAGCAAAUGUUAAAAGAGGGAGGCUUGAUGUCUCUGUGGAGAGGAAACGGUAUCAACGUACUGAAGAUUGCACCUGAGACUGCCAUUAAAUUUAUGGCCUAUGAGAAGUAUAAGACCCUGCUGUCCAGUGAACCAGGGAAGGUCAAGACCCACGAGAGGUUCAUGGCUGGAUCGCUGGCUGGAGCCACAGCACAAACUGCCAUCUACCCCAUGGAGGUGAUGAAAACCCGUCUGACGCUGAGGAAGACCGGACAGUACUCAGGAAUGUUUGACUGUGCCAAGAAAAUCCUGAAGAAGGAGGGAGUGAAGGCAUUUUACAAGGGUUACAUCCCCAAUAUUCUGGGCAUCAUCCCCUACGCUGGCAUAGAUCUGGCCGUGUACGAGAGCUUGAAGAACCUCUGGUUGUCCCACUAUGCCAAAGAUACAGCCAACCCCGGUGUUCUGGUGCUACUUGGCUGUGGUACCAUGUCUAGCACGUGUGGCCAGCUGGCCAGCUACCCCCUGGCUCUGGUCCGCACCAGGAUGCAGGCACAAGCUUCUAUAGAGGGCUCAGAGCAGCUGCCCAUGACGCAAAUGGUGAAGAAGAUUGUGGAAAAAGAAGGUCUCUUUGGACUUUACCGCGGCAUCCUGCCCAAUUUCAUGAAGGUCAUACCGGCUGUCAGCAUCAGCUACGUGGUGUAUGAGUACAUGCGGUCUGGCUUGGGUAUUCAAAAGUAGGCAGCAGAGUAAUCUAUGACCGUGUGUGUGUCAGUAAGAGUGUAAGAGGUUGUGCAGCUUUUUUUUUUUUUUUUUCAAACUGUCAUGUAAAGCACUUGUUUACCUGUAGGUCUCCAAAGUCUGGACUCACACUGCUGCAGAUGGAGUCAUUGUGGAAGUUUUUUUCAAGUGAUUGCAGGACUUUAGCUAAACUGUUGAGCCGUUACGAAAAACUUCUUACGAAAUCCUGCAGUUCUCACAGAGCUGAUAUUGAUAAAUAAGACUUCUACAAUGUUUCCAACUGUAUGUUGUUCGUCCAAUCUGCGUUUAGGGUGCACCCACAGAUUUAAGUCAGUCUUAGGACCCAGUUUGGGUCAACUGAGUUUAAUCAAGAGGUGAAUAUUAAGAAUUUGAAAACCAAAAACACUUGGAGAGGUUCAUUUUGAUUUUAUUAGAAAUGUCAGUGUUCUUAUAUCAGUCAUUUUAAGUAUGGGCCCUGUUAUCAAUGCACAAGAAAUAUAUCAAAUGUUCUUCUAAUAUUGGACCAAAGGGCACCUUAUUGUACCAAUCCAAAAAGUAGAACACACAAUAGCACUUUUGUUAAAAACAUUUUUGCCAUCUUUAUCAGAAAAAUACGCACAAAAGUUGAGAAUUCAUAUUUCUCCCUCGUUCAGCUUUAUCGAGUUUCCCAAAAUAUUGUGCAAGGUGGUCCCGCAUGUUUCACCUGGAAAUCUGAGGAAACGUUUUAAGUGCAAUACUGUAUUUACUCUUUGGUGAUUCACAUUCUGGUAUGUUUGACACAGGUAUGUCUAUUGGGACUUCACCCCCAGUGUUGUUGGUUCCACAGUGGUCUUUUUAUAUUGGACAUCAUUACUGCAUCUUUUCAGAAGUUUUGAACAGGGGAGUAAUGUGCCUUAUGUGUUUGUUCUCAGAUAUCUGUGGACUUCUCCACCCUCCAUUUGUUCUUGCCUUUCUUUCUAAUAUUUGGUUAAUUACAUGCUAGUGUUUACAUUAAUAAAAACAUUUGAAUACAAAA